GGCCGCCUCCAAGUCAAACCCGAGACGCCUGGCGACGAGGAUAUCGACGCUGAGUUCAUGCCAUCUGAUACACAGGGCACAACCGUAUCUUUAUCCUCUUCUCCACUUGGCCUCAAUACUGUAGUCUCGUCCUGCGGCACACUUAAACGUCGCGUCAGCGUGCUUAUACGCGAUGGCCUCCCAGGAGCCGCCUUAUCAAGUGACUUCACCAAUGGUCCCACCUCAACCUCUAAUUCUGGACUUGGCCUUAACAACCCCAAGCGCCGCUGCCCAACACCAAGUCUCCACAAAGAGACUCACUCUCGCUCUCCUGAUGCAAUCGCCUCUAAUUGCGGUGGGCCCAGCACCGCACAUUUUGGCUGUAGCCCGCACUCAGUUUCACAUAACAUUGCCGCGCUGGCGGGAGGAAGCACCAAUUCAACUGCCUUUAUUGGGAACAGCACACAGCCUUCCGCAUGUCCUGUAUUGGCACCUGGUGGAGGCGGCGGUGGCAGCAAAAAUAGUACAAAUAACCAAAGCAUGCUUUCUACAUCAGGGCAAGGAGGUCAAGUAUUGCCAUGCUUGACCUUUGGCACAGAAAGUACCACCCCAGCCUCAUCGUCCACCCCCUCUUCCUCUAAUUCGUCCACUUUUGUUGGCCUUUCUUCAUAUCCACUUUCUUCUGGAGCCUCAUUAGCUGGCUUGGCCAACUCCGCCAGUUAUUGCCUCGCUCAGACGGCCUCGGGCAACUCCACGACAGGAUGCCGCCAAAGUCAUGCCACUAGCCUGCCUGGUUCUGUAGCUGCCUUCACAGUUCCUCUUUUAGAGGCGAAUAGCACGACUUCCACUUGGGGAGGGCAAUUGGUACAUAUAUUAAAUAUAGAAAAUAUAAUGAAAAUUCGUAUGUGUAUCGUAUUUUUAAACUUUAUGAAUUACCUUAAUAUCAAUUAG